AGGGGAAGGGGGAGGGGAAGGGGAGCAGGCUCUCAGCCGUGCCGCAGCCGCUCGGUGAGGACCCGCGAGGCCUCGGCGUCCCGCCUCGGAACAAUGGGACUCGGCGCCCGAGGUUUCCUGACGUUGCUGGCCCUGGGGGUCGUGCUGGGGGUGGCGCUGCUGAAGGUUUUCACGGACAGCGCGGACCCCGAGGGAUCUGCAAGCCAAAAGAAUCCUAUGUCUGUAGAAAAUUCCAAUGAUAACCAAGGAGGAACUGCAGACAAUGAUCCUAAAUCUCUAGAAAACUCCAAGGAUAACCAAGGAGGAUCUUCAAGCCAGAAUAAUCCUCAGUCUGGAGGAAACUCCAACGGUAACAACCAAGCAGGAUAUUUCUUUGUAUUUAAAGGACCUCCAAACCAGCAGAAUCUUCAAUCUGCAGGAAACUCCAAUGAUAACCAAGGAGGAUCUUCAAGCCAGAAUAAUCCUCAGUCUGGAGGAAACUCCAAUGGUAAAAACCAAGCAGGAUCUUCAAGCCAGAAUAAUCCUCAGUCUGGAGGAAACUCCAAUGAUAACAACCAAGGAGGAUCUCCAAAGCAGAAUAAUGAUCAAUCUAAAGAAAAGUCCAGUGGUCAGCAAGGAGGAUCUCCAAACCAGAAUAAUGGUCAGCCUGAAGAAAAGCCCGGUGAUCAACAAGAAGGCCCCAUUGAGCUCACUCUGAUGUUCAUGUCUUCAGUGGGAGACCCAAAGGGACAUCCCAGCCAUAGACAUGAAUCUCCCAAUGUCAGUGCGAAACCAUCAACAGCUUCAGUUUCCCCAGUCUCAAAGAAUGUGACCACUACCACCUUGAAACCCAUAGGAAAAUCAUCAUCAGAAACGAAAGAUUCCUCAGCCUCAAAUCAUGGGACAGCCACCACCUCGAAACCCUUUGCAACAUCUAAAAUGAUAACACCAGUGGUCUCAACAAAUAUGACUUCUGCCACCUUAAGGUCUACACCCAAAAUAACAAAUGUUUCACAAAAUACAUCCCAGGUAUCAGUAUCCACAGUGACCACAGCCCACAAUAGUUCUUCAUCAGUAACAGUCACAACAACUAUUAUUUCUAAGGAAAAUAAAGGAUCAAAAUUUGAUACUGGCAGCUUUGUUGGUGGUAUUGUAUUAACAUUGGGAGUUUUAUCUUUUCUUUACAUUGGAUGCAAAGUGUAUUAUUCAAGACGAGGCAUUCGGUAUAGAACCAUUGAUGAACAUGAUGCCAUCAUUUAAGGGACUCCAAGAACCAAUGGAAAGAAGAGUGAUACAGCCCUAUCAGCUAAUUUUGAUUUAUUACUUUAAUACAGUAUUCUUUUCUUGAAAAUAGCAUAAACAGGCCAUGCAUAUAAUAUACAGUGUAUUAUAUAAAUAUGUAAAGAUUCCUCAUGAUUAUUAAAGGAAAAAGGUUUUAGUUUGGGGGUUUUUAAUGAACAUAUGGAGCAUAUAGUUAAUGCAAUGGUUUUAUAUUCAGUUUUAGAAAAUACAUAGUAAGACAAACAAGUCUGGUCUUACUUUUCUGUGGCAUUGGUCACAUAGGCCAGUAAUUGGAAAGCACCAUCACUGAAGGGUAUGAUGCCAUCUGGUCAUUCAGAUAAGGAGCUUGUCUCAGCACUAAGGAUUUUGAUGUCUUUGUUAGUCACACAAAGAAUCUCAGUGCUAAUAAAAGCUGGAUAUAUCCUAAUUACCAUUGCCACAUAGCAGAAAUUAUAUGAAUAAGCCACGACUUAAGCAUAAUUUUAGUUUAUUGUCUCUUCAGAAACCAUCAAUAUUUUCUAUAUUUAAAGUUAGUUAUUUUGUUUAGAACAAAAUACAUGCCCUCCCCCACCAAAAAAAAAAAAAAACAACUAAAACUAGAAACCGUAUCUGGGCUCAUCCUUGUUAGAGAGCCAUUGGAGAGCCUGUACUUUUCUUCUGCGCUUUCAAUAGCAGUUGAUGUAGCUGCCUUUUUUCCCCUCUGUAAUUGCAGUGUUUAACAUAAUAAUGUUUUAAAGACUUAGUUGUUAGUAUUAAAUAAAUUAGAUUAUUUGCUACUGUGAGAACACUGGCAUCACUGGAAAUUGCUUUAUUUCAUGUUCAGUUGUUAAUUUUAUAUUUAGUGAAUAUUUUUAACAGAUGUAGAACUGCUUUCAAUGUUUAGAAAUGGUUAACAUAAUGUAAACAGACCUAGCUUUAAAAAAAAAUAAGACCUUUCGAUGAUUUCCACAGCAGCACUUAGCACUCUUUGGUCCAAAUGAGAGAUAAGUGCUGUGUUUGCCAAGCCAGGGGCUGUGGGCUCCCCUCGGGCUGCUACACAUGUAGGCGCACUCCGUCAGCGUCACUCAGAGAUUUGGGGAAAUAGCAUUUUUACACUAAAACACCAGCAUAUUUUGGAAUAAAUUCUUACACAGUUUUAAAACAGGAGUUUUUAAGACCGGACAUUCCUGCUUCCGUAUUUGGGUCUUCUCUCAACUACUCCUCUUCUCCCCUGCUGAGGAGGAGGCACUUUCAGAUGUAUUAUGUUAAUGGAGAGGAAAAAGCAUAAUAUUGUAAAGACAGCAGUAUUAGCCAACAUAUUUUGGAGUGUUUCAGCUUUACAGUUUAUAUUCCAGCACUCAAAACUCAGGGUCAAGUUUUAACAAAAGAGAUACUUAGUCAUACUACAUACUAACAUACUGUUUCUUCUAUCUUAGACGGUCAAAGUAAAUCACACCAAUUUCUGACAGCCCAGAAAUGAGCUAAGAAGUCCUAAUAAAUGUGUACGUUCAUUUAAGAGGAAUUAAAUGUAACUUUUGUGCAGAGAAUCAAGAAUUCUGAUGUGAAAGGAUCAUUUCUACUCACUGUGUAUUGUGGCCAACUGGCAUGAUGAAUAAUAAGAAUUAUCCAAAAUGUGGAUGUGACAGGAUGGUGGAUGUGACGCAUGCAGUGUGAAGGAGUAUUAGGAAACGUGUGUUUGCAUUAGUUUGAAAAGAGAUCUGGGCUGAUAGAUAACUUGUAUGUUACUAACUUAUCCAUAACUGGUCCUCUAACCACUGCUUCACUUUUUUGCAAAAUAUACUGAAGACACGUUUUAUAGUAAAGAAGGCUUUUUAACCUUAACUUGUCUUCUGAAUUCUUGAUAUUUCAGUACUUCAAGUCAGUCAGAACUUUGUAAACAGGCCUGAAAUUUUCUUGAAUACUUGUUUCUUAGCACUUUGAAAAUAUAAAACCACUUUUUAAGUACUGAAUGUCAUUAUUUGCCUUUAAAAUUUCCUGUGCUUGGGGCUUGAAAAAAUUUAGUUAUGUCUUUUUCUGUAUAUAAGUUGUAUAAUUUGUUACUUUCAAAUAUCAGUAGUUCAAUGCAAUCAGGUUUUGGGGUUUGGGGUUUUUUUUGUUUAUCUGCAAAAAAUAAGGGAAACAGCUAUAUAAACCAGUAUUUCACUUUGGAGCACAUUUCCUAAGUAUAAAUUUAUCUUCCUCAUUAUGUUUACUUCAGCAAAUGUUCAGUUUCAUUUGCAUUCUUUAAGAAUGUAUUUACUUGAAGAUAAAAGCAAUUCAAAAGUAUGUUUAAAUAUUAGGUAGAAUUCAACUUAUGAUUUUUAAAUUUCCUUGGAUAGUCCAUACAAUAAAUAAUUCAAAUACAGUUAAUGAGAGCUGGCAAAAUUAGACUAAUUUUGUAUUUUUCAGGAAAAAAUUAUAAAGCAAAUUUCUGUUAUUUUUUUCUUUUUAUUAUAAGGACCAACUUUUGGUAUUUCCUUGUUACUGAGAUCUAUUUUUAGAAUAAAAUUUUGUUCUUUAUCAGA